UCCUCUACAACUUUCAUGGCCACUAUCCUCGCCUUUUUUCUCUUCCUCUUCUUUCUACUAUGGAUACUAAGAAAAGCUCGUAAAACAACAGUACUUCCACCAGAAGCUGGUGGCGCCUGGCCUUUGAUUGGCCACCUCCACCAAUUAGGAGGGACAAAACCAACCCAUAUAACAUUGGGUAACAUGGCCGACAAGUAUGGAUCAAUCUUCAGUAUCAGGCUGGGAGUACAUCGUACUCUGAUAGUGAGCAGUUGGGAGAUAGCAAAAGAGUGCUUCACCACAAACGACAGAGCCUUUGCCAGCCGUCCAAAAUCUAUAGUUUCAGAACUCUUGGGCUACAACUAUGCCGCGUUUGUGCUUAGCCCUUAUGGUCCUCACUGGCGCCAAGUGCGUAAAAUAGCCACCGUCGAGUUUCUCUCAAACCACCGCGUUGAGAUUGUCAAAGACAUCCGAGAGUCUGAGGUAAAUAGAGCUGUGAAAGAGAUAUAUGAGGUCUGGGUGAAGAACAACAACGUGUUGGUAGAGAUGAAGAGAUGGUACGGAUCCAUAACCCUAAAUGUUGUAUUGCAGAUGGUUAUAGGGAGGCGAUUUGAUGGGAGUGGAACCAAGGAGGAGAAUGAAGCUAACGAUGAGUGCAUGAAGGUAUUAAGAGAUUUAUUUGAGUUGAGUAGUACAUUUGUGGUAGCAGAUGCGCUUCCUUACCUAAGGUGGUUGGACUUGGGAGGCUACCAGAAGGCCAUGAAGCGAACUGCAAAAGAAUUUGAUCGUGUGCUUCAAGGAUGGUUAGAAGAACAUAAGCAAAGGAAAGUUUCCAGUGAGGCAAAGGGACACCAAGAUCUUAUGGAUGUGAUGUUGUCUGUUGUUGCCGACGACGACGAAAAGAUAUCAAAUUAUGAUGCUGAUACAAUCAUUAAAGCUACAUGUCAGUCCCUAAUCAUUGCGGGCAUAGAUACAACAGCAACAACAUUGAUAUGGACUCUCUCUCUACUUCUUAACAACCAAGAAUCCCUAAAGAAAGCACAACAAGAGUUAGAUGUCCAGAUUGGCAGGGAGAGGCAAGUAAAUGAAUCAGACACAAAAAAUCUAGUCUAUCUCCAAGCUAUCAUCACAGAAGCAAUGCGUUUAUACCCUAGAAAUAGUAGUACUCCUCCGGGGGUUGUGGUUGCGGUUUGCCCAUGCAAGGCUUAA